UUGUCUUUGUUCUUUAUGUCUGAGUUUAUUGAAAAUGAAGCUAUUCAUAUAAAUGACUCACCCUGUCAUCGGUCGCUACGGAGAUGAACGGAUGAACCACUUAAAGCUGCCAUGUUUUAAUCUGAAACCUUUAACUUUACAGCACAGAGUCAGUCUGAGGUUUUACCAAACCAAACUAAAUCAAACUUUGAUCAGACUUUUACAUCUGAAACCAUUUUAUUUUUGAAGUGAUGAUGUAAAGUAUUUUUUGGAUUAUACUUUAGUUUGGCCACAACAGAAGAUGAUACCUGCAACCUUCUCAAUCUGAGGCUUUUGCUGAAAUGUAGAUUUAGUUCUAAAUUUUCCAUAAAAUCAGAUUUUUGACUUCCAGCUGUGGAGUUUCCACUGAGCCCAUGUGUUGCAUAAAUGCAUAGAAAUAAAAUAAUUACUGAACAGAAGAAAAUGCAUUAAAGAUGAAUGUUUAUUGUGACUAAAUCUGAUUAAAGAAUUAAAGCCCAGCAAAGUUUGAGUGGAGGUUCAUCUGUUUUGAUGACCAGCAACACGGUGAGAUACUUUCAAUAUUUUUAUUUACUUUAUUUAAUGCUAGCGUGAGAAAGUUUUAUUAUCAAUGAAAUCUCUGCAUUAGUAAAUGUAAUAAAAUGACCAUUUUUAUAUAUUAUUGUUGUUUUGAUGGAGCCAUGAGGGUCACGUCGGAAUUCCAGCCAAUCAGGUCCCGGGACCCACGUGGGGCCUCUGGCCCCGGCGCCACACCUGGACUGGGUUGGAAUCCCCGCAGCUGGUACCAUGGUGACAAGGGCGGCCUCUGAUUGGUCGGCUCGGUGGGACAUUGAUACUUUCUCACCGAGACUCGAUGGUGAUUUAAACUCAACCCGAGCAGGCUGGGUGAUUCCCGCCAUGUCCGAACCGCGGCAGCCCAAAUGCUCCCGGUGCCGGCACCACGGCUUCAUCAUCCGGAAGAAGGGCCACAGCAGGUGCUGCCCGUUCUCCGGCUGUGAGUGCUGGAAGUGCGGCCUGAUCACCCGGCGGACCCAGGUCAAUGCGCUCCAGCGGAACCUGAGCAGAACCCGAGAUCGGCCCCGGAACCCAAAGCCGCGGGCCGAAUGCAGGGCGGCGGGAGACCCCGAUGCUGCCGCCGGGACCCGGGACCCGGACGGUUUGGGUCCAGAUGUCCGGAACCAGCGGCCGGACCCGCGAGGAGAACCCGGUUCCGGUCCGGACGGCAGAAAUGUUCCGACCUGUCUUCCUCCUCCUCCUCCUCCUCUUCCUCAGUUCCUCUCCCCCCUGUCCCGCUCCUCCUUGGCUCCGCCCCCUGACCUCCUGCUCCACCUGCCGUUUCUACCUGCGCUCCCUUCCGGCCUGUAUGACGACCUCUGCAGGCCGCUGAUGAUCCCGCACUUCCUGUCAUACCCGGCCCCGCCAGCAGAGGACUGCAGGCUGGUCUUCCUCCCGCUCCACCCUGCUCCUGAAGCGCCCCCUGCAGGCUGCGGGUCCAACAGCAGACCCUGAAGGAUCGGCGGCUUCUGUCCAGCGCUUCCUGUUCCAGUUCCAGUUCAAAGCUUCUUGUUGUCGCUGUUUGGUUCAGAGGGGGUUAAACUGAAAGUUUGUUACAUGAAAUAAAAUGCAGAGCUGCAGCUCAUGACCACGAUCUGCUCCGUUUGGUUUCUGGCUCUCAGAACCGAAUCUGGGCCAGAGCCGCUGUUACUCCUGCUGGCAUUCAUGUUACUGCAUAGACUGACCCAGAACCACGUCCUGGUUCUGGAUGGUUCUGAUCAGCGGUUCAGAGGCUCAUUUAGAUCCUGUGAGGAGGAAACAGGAAUCUGUAGUUUUUUAGUUUUAAUGAUUUGAUGGGUAGGAUUUGGGUGUUUCAUAGGUCCGUCCAGCAGGGGGUGCAGUAGCACCGUGUUCCAUUCAGUCUGCCCUUCGAAACUGGACUCAGCGGUCCUGCAGAACCUGUGGUUCUGGCCCAGUCCAUCAGAGAACAUCUAGCAUCUAUUUCUGUGUUUUUACGUAAUAAACAUUAAAAUGUAAACCUGA